AGCUCAAAUAUGUACCAGGGAGGCCAAGCGAUCUUCAGGUCUCUCACUAGUGAUCUUGAUGACAUCACAAUGACAGUAGGAGGCGGGGUUAAACUACAGCUGGUGUUUGGUGACAUCACUAAUGAGACUACAGAUGCUGUGGUGAACACGACCGACUUCACAAAUUUUCACAACGAUGGUGUGUGCAAAGACAUCUUAACUGUAGCUGGACCACAGGUGGAGGCUGAACUAAAAGCAGCAAAAGUGAACCAAGGAGAAGUUUUUGUAUCUCAGUCUGGAUCAUUCCCUUGUGAAGCCAUUUUACAUGUGUGUGGACAAAGAGAUGCUGGUAUUAUUGAACAACUGGUGCGUCGCAUCAUUGAACAUUGUGAAACAUUUGGAUUCAAGUCUGUGGCCAUUCCUGCCAUCUGUGCUGGAAUUGGCGGGUUGGACCCUGGUGUCGUAGCAGGUGCCAUCCUCCGAGGUGUCAAGACCGCCACGUCGUCCACUCCCCUCUACUGUCUCACCAACAUCCGCCUCGUCUUGAUUAAGAUCAAAGUUUUCUUGAAGUUUAAAGAGGAAGCAAUGCAAAUGUUUCCCACUGCUGGAAUCAAUAGAGUACCUCGGUUUUCUUACUUCCAACUCCCUUCACCUGUGAGUCCAGACCUUAACAUCUUCCAUACCAGCUCCUCAAAUGAACAGUCUGUCUUCCUGUUCCUGGGUCUCUCCAGAAAGGAUGUUGAUGAUGCCAAGACUAAGCUGAAGAAUCUGUAUCAGUCUCAGUGCUCCACUCAGUCCUUCAAAAAGGAGGAGCUGGCAUGCCUCACCCAGGAGGACAUGGAGGAUCUGAAGCAGCUGGUUGAGACUGAGGGUCUGUACAUGCAGGAGGACCAGUCCGGCCAGGGCAGCUUAACAGUGAGCGGUUUAAAGGACGGGGUCAACAAGGUUGUGCAGAUGAUUAAUGCCUCUGUGCACGGCUCCCUCAGAAGAGAGGUGAGAGUGAGGGAGGAGGAGGAAUUGUACACCCGUGUGGCUUGGUGCAUCCUGGGACCUAACGGCACCUGGGAGAGACUCCCUAAAACAGCCAAUCACAGCCUGGAAAAAAAUGAUGUAGCAGGAAGGAUAGUGGACGCACAGGGCAUCCGGUGGAGUGUGAAUGCACAGAAGUUGGAGGCAACAAGCCGAGUAACUGGACUGAAAGCGAAGCUGAAACGACUUGUGAAUCUGAGAGACUUCACUCUCCCCCUGUACUGGGAUAACAUGGCUGACAGUGAAGCUUUUAAGAAAGUUGAGCUGCAGACUUCCUCUGCAGAGUACCGAACAGUGAAGGAGGCCUUCAAACGAACUGUCUCCAAGACUGUAAUGAAGAUCGAGCGUCUGCAGAAUGUUCAUCUCCGACGUGCCUAUGAAGUGCAGAAGAAGAACAUUUCUGAUAAGAACGUACAGGAGGGUGGAGCAGGUGAAAAGCUUCUCUACCAUGGGACGACCCAGGAGAACUGUGACUCCAUCAUGAAAACUGGGUUCAACAGGAGUUUCGCUGGACAAAAUGCAACUGCAUACGGUCAUGGGACCUACUUUGCUGUAAACGCCAGCUACUCAGCCCACCCUACCUACUCCAAGCCAGCUACUGAUGGUUCUCAGUUAAUGUUUGUGGCUCGAGUCCUGACUGGAGUCUACACGCAGGGCCAGAGAAAAAUGAAGGUUCCUCCACCUCGCAGUGACCAGCGGCCCCAUGACCUCUACGACAGUGUGGUGGAUAACAUAUUUAACCCCAGCACGUAUGUUGUGUUCCAUGAUAACCAAGCGUAUCCAGACUACCUCAUCACCUUCAAGUGAGGGAAACACAAUAAAGAGCACACACACACAUACAACGCCACAUUGUUGAUGUUCUCCUCUGGAGAGUGACUAACAUCCUUUAGUAAGUUUGAUGUUGUACUCUCCUGUGUGAACGUCAUUCUAGUCUUGAGCAUCGUAAAGUCCUCCACAAUCUGUUCCAGGUUCAUCUCUGCUCUUUCAUUCCGAUUUAUACAAUAAAAAAACUCAGCCUCUUGAUUUUGAUUUGGGCAUUAUACCUGUGAUUAUAAUUGAGGUAGAUGCAACCAUUUUUUGACUAUGCUGAUGUACAACAAUGCUAAACAUUAACCAUAACUCAUAAUAAUGUAGUUCUUUAUUGCACUGUUGUGCCGCUAAGGACAGCAUUGCAGCUGCAGACACACCAGCAGCUCCUUCUCUGUUUCAGCUGCUUAUUUGGCUCAUUUCUUUUGUUCUCAUCCUCUCACACGGUUUAGCGAGAUUUUUUCUCUUUUGCUUUUACUCUGUAACGGAUGCUCGUAAUUUAGGAAAGUUUAAAAUAAAUAAUAGGUAAGUACAAUUAAAAUUGCAGAAUAAAAAAAUAACACAAAAAGUACACAAAAAACAAGUAAAUGUAAUUCCCCCACUGGUCUUAAGAAUAAAGUAAAAGUCAAGCUUUUCAUUGUUUAAAGGUAUGUUUUGGAGUGGGUUUUUUUGGUGUUUCUGCUUUAUUUUGGAUAGACAUGGUAGAUAAAGACAAGAAAGGCGGGGAGAGAGAGAGAGAGAGGAUGAAAUGUAGCAAAGGCACCCAUUUAUGGGAAUGUUUACUUAAAGUUAUAUGU